AAUUAAAUUUACCUACCGAUUCCGUAAGAAUCUAUUUUGACUUCCGGAAAAAUCACGUGAUAUUGACAUGUGACCAAUAACUUGGAGCAGAUAAAAUGUCGGGAUCUAAUGACAGGAUCAACAUCUUUCCUUCACGAAUGGCUAUGGCCAUUAUGAAGGCAAGACUAAAAGGAGCCCAGAAAGGACACAGUUUGUUGAAGAAGAAAGCUGAUGCCCUUACAAUGAGAUUUAGAGCAAUCCUUAAAAAGAUCAUAGAGACAAAAGUCUUAAUGGGAGAUGUGAUGAAGGAAGCAGCAUUUUCCCUGGCAGAGGCCAAAUUCACCUCGGGAGAUAUCAAUCACAUGGUUCUACAGAAUGUCAACAAAGCUCAGUUAAAAGUCCGCUCCAAAAAGGACAAUGUGGCAGGUGUUAUGUUGCCAGUGUUUGAGAGUUAUCAGGAUGGAUCUGACAGUUAUGAACUAACUGGUCUCUCUAGAGGAGGUCAGCAGAUAGAUAGAUUGAAGAAGAACUAUGCACGUGCCAUUCAGUUGCUGGUGGAGCUUGCAUCACUGCAGACAUCAUUUGUGACGUUGGACGAGGUCAUCAAGAUCACUAAUCGCAGGGUCAAUGCUAUUGAACACGUAAUCAUUCCUCGUAUUGAGAGAACUUUAUCUUAUAUUACAACGGAACUGGAUGAACGAGAAAGAGAAGAAUUUUAUAGACUAAAGAAAAUUCAAGAGAAAAAGAAGAAAAUUCGAGCAGAAACAGAAGCAAGGGUAGCUGCCAAUAAAGCUCGGAACAAGUACGUGGAACCCACCAGUAUCCUGUCAGAGGAAAGAGACGAAGACCUUCUCUUUAAUGACUAGUGGCAAGAUAAAGCCUAGUAGUGAUAUAAUCUCUCAUUAUGUAUUGGACAUUAAUUGGAUUUUGCAAAGCUUCCGUGACAAAGAAGUAACCGAGGUUAAACAGCAGUUUAUGAUGAGAACUCCAAGUAAUGAACAAGUUUUGAUUUCUUGGUACCACAACAGAAGAUUUUACGGGUGAUAUAUACCUGUACUGGGCUUGUACAUGUUUUUUGAUAGAGUUUUUGUUGUAAAACAAAAUUAUAAGACAGCGUGGAACAAAAUAUAUUGAGCAUUUUUUUUUUAUCAUGAUUCAAUUUGUAUGAACAUGUCAAAAUUGAUGUUCUUGCAUUCUCUGAAAAAGAAAAUAAUUCCCAUUUUCUCAUAUACAUCUUUUGUAAUUCUGUUUACUAAUCAUCAAUAUUUGCAAUUUACCAUUACCGAAAACUAAAUUUCAUUUAAGAAUUUAUUUGAUAGCUGCUUCAAGAGAGUACGAUCAAGUAAAAUCAAUUCCCCCAAUUAGCCUGUCGUGAAUCUAGCCUCGCCACAUUUCCUGGAUGAUUUUGCUGUCACCAUGCUUGGAGAAGUCUGGCGAUUGAACCAAAACAUCUAGGGUUGUGUUUUGUGUAGCUGUGAGAAUUGUAUCGUUUUUUUGUGAUCAUUUGAAUUAUCCAGCUGUCAAAUUAAUUUAUGGGUAUGGUGGCUGAUUUAAUGUUUUGUUGUAUGGUUGAUUUUAUCAGCAUUUUAGCAGUGUACGAUAUUCUAUAUAUAUUCAGGAUUGCUAGUCAUAUAAUUAUAUAUGUAUGUGCGAAAAUUGUUGAUCUAGAGUUUUUAACAUGUAUCAGUUCAGAAGAUGGAACAGUAAACUGAAAAAGGUAA